AGCUAAUGUUGGGCUGUGACAGAAAACAGCAGAGUGAAACAGACUUUACUUUCGGUUUGUGAGCUCCAGGUGAAGUCGGGAAAGCUGUUGCCGUAGAUGUAAUGUUACAGUAAAGUAAAAAAUCGCUUGACUGCAGUCAUCUCUGUAGCCAACCACAACGGAGAUGAGGCGCUCUGUUUUUCUGUACUGGUGGGCGUUGUUUUUCCCAAGCAGUUAGCAGCAGACUAGAACACUCGUAGGCAUAUACAGCCUCUGUCAGGUCCGGAAGAAUUGCAUCCCCCAGUACCUACUGUAGAAAAACAAGUACCGUCACGUUUUCAGAAAUUUGGUUACCCCUAUCAUCAGCCACAGAAUUUUCUAUGUGACGUUGGAGCAUGAUGAGGCUGAGAGUGCGUAAAGCUCCUCAGCAGCCGAACUUAGGCCGUCGAACCCACCUGACCCAGGCUAAACGGAAACACCGUGAAGUGGAGCCAUCCCCGGUGAGAGGUCGCGGCAAAAUGCAGAAGAAUGAAACAGGCCUGUUCUCCACUAUAAAGAAAUUCAUCCGAGGAAAUGCUGUCAAGGUGGAGCAGGAUAUCCCUGCAAAGAGGAGUCGUAUUGAUUGUAAUUCUGAGAGCGAUCUAAUUACAUCAACACCACAGACUAGAGGCCUUUCCAACAAAACAGUCUCAAGAGUUUGCCGGAAAAGUCCAAAUAAAGACACAAUGACCUGCAACAGUAAACCCAUGAAACCCAACGGUAAACUAGAGGUCCCUGUAGAGGCAGCAAGCAGCCCAACACGCACCACCCUGCUCGGAACCAUCUUCUCUCCAGUCUUCAACUUUUUCUCACCAGCAACUAAAACUGCCACUCCUGGUUCAGACUCUCCUGGCCAAGCGAUUGAGGCAGAGGAAAUCAUGAAGCAGUUGGACAUCGAGCCGGCAGAAGAAAUACCAAGCAGCACUCUCACAUCUACAGAGGGCAUCACUCCGUGUCACCCUGCCCCGAUAUUACCGCACAGGCUUCAGAUCACCUCUGAUACAACCAUAGAAGAAGGAGAAAUAGUCACUGAAACUGACAUGCCACCAUUAACGGAGAGCCAAAGUGAAACUGGAAUGUCCAGGUUCUGUUUCAGAACUCCUGGUUGUAUGCCAGAUGGUGGUUACCCACAUGCAUUACCUUCAGCUCCUCCAGAAACCUCAUAUGAAGAGGAAUGGGAAGUUUUUGAUCCGUACUUCUUCAUCAAGCAUGUGCCUCCGCUGACAGAAGAGCAGUUAACACGCAAGCCAGCGUUACCUUUGAAAACCCGCAGCACACCAGAGUUUUCUCUCGUCUUGGAUCUCGACGAAACUCUGGUCCACUGUAGUUUGAAUGAGCUAGAAGACGCAGCCCUAACAUUCCCUGUGCUUUUUCAAGAUGUAAUAUACCAGGUGUACGUUCGGCUGAGGCCCUUUUUCCGCGAGUUUCUUGAGCGCAUGUCUCAAAUGUAUGAGAUUAUUCUCUUCACGGCUUCAAAGAAAGUGUACGCAGACAAGUUGCUCAACAUCCUGGAUCCAAAAAAACAGUUGGUCAGACAUAGGCUAUUUCGUGAGCACUGUGUGUGUGUUCAAGGAAAUUAUAUUAAAGACCUAAACAUUCUCGGACGGGAUCUUUCCAAGACUAUAAUAAUCGACAACUCUCCCCAAGCCUUUGCCUAUCAGCUUUCCAAUGGAAUCCCUAUUGAGAGCUGGUUUGUGGAUAGAAAUGACAACGAGCUUCUAAAGCUUGUUCCUUUCCUCGAGAAGCUUGUGGAGUUGAAUGAAGAUGUCAGACCGCACAUUCGAGAACAGUUUCGUUUGCACAACCUCCUUCCUCCAGACUGAUGACCUCGUGUUCCUCUCUUAGUUCAAGAUAGUAACAACAUUGGAAAAAAAACUUCCAGAAGAACAUAUUCAACAGAUUUCUCUUUGGCAAACAUUGCCAUUAUUAAAAAAAAAAAGAAGAAAAAAAAUGUAAUCAUGCAAGAAAAAUUGAAAGUUUAUGUUUGAGUCAAAAAGCCCUGGAUGUUUUAUAUACACACACACACACACACACACACACACACACACACACACACACACACACACACACACACACCAGGUUCAGAACAAACAGACCCGCACACUGCGGCAGACUUUUUGCUCGCUUGUUUUUAGUGCGACUUUGAAGGCGGCUUCCUGGAAGGUAUUUUGUCUUUUAAGAACAAUUUUUGAUUGACAAAACUGAAUGUCAUGCAGUGUUGGAUUAUAUGGACCCUGGUGGCUUCAGCCUGUCCUUGAAUGGCCAGUCAAACCUGUAUAAUAUUCACUCUAUUUACUUGUAAAUAUAUGUACAUAGAUUUUUUUUCUUCAAGGUUUUUAAGGCAUUUUAUUUUCACUUCAGAUUUUAGUAUGUAUUCUUUGAUUCGGUUGCUUUUAUAAACCAACAACAUGUUAGUGUGUUUUGUUUGAAGUUGUUGAUAAACUGCUUUUCUGUUUAUGCCUGCAUUAUUCCUGUGAUGCUUUACUCCAUUACAUGCAGUUGUCUGUAAUAAGGUGCAGUUUAAAAAAAGAAAAGUAUCUUUUGGAGAAAAAUGUUUCUGAAACAAUAUUUUAAAUCUAUGUAAUGUAAGCUAGACUUGGGUCAACUGAAUACAAAGCCAUAAUGGCUGAAUUUUAAUUUUGGAGAUUUGUAUUUGACAGUCCAUUCCUGAUUAUCGUCCUCUUCAAUAAGGAGGGGUGGUGGUGGUGGGGGGGGGGGUUCAGGCAUCUUGCACUUUGGCAUCCAGCCCUUUGUAAGUUGAUGUAAAAUCUUGUCACUUUUCUAUACAGGUGUGUAUCACCUCUAAUUUGUUAUGUGGGGGAUGAAAUUAAAGCACCAGCAAAUUGCCAACAUGUUUGCUUUGAAAUCUUGUUUUCCAAGACGUCUUGUAUGUGGGAUCUUUAUGAUGUAGGAGUCACAGGUUUUGUUGGCUAUUGAACGAUCACUCCUGUUGUAUUCAGUGUUACUCAAUGGUUUCCUUGAAAAUAAAUGAUUUUUUAUACGA